ACUAUAUUCCACCAUUUUGCAUUAACGGAGUUAAGCUUGAACCACCACAACAAUGGAGGAACCACCGUGUUCGUCAUCGGCGAGAUCGAGCACCAAAGGAAAACUCUCAAUCGGUCCGAUCAUCGGUAUCAACUUACUGAACGAUGAUAUUCUCCAAAACAUUCUCACCAGACUUCCUGCACUAUCGUUUGCUUCUGCAUCUUGCGUUAACAAAUCAUGGAAUUCCGUUUGCAAUCACAUCAUUUCUCGUCCUAAGCUCUCUUCUGCACUUUCUCUCAACCCUUCGCUCCGCGACGCUGUGAAUGAGGUUGUUAACAAGGUUCUAUCUGAGCCAAUUCGACCUCAUUUUGCUAUUGUCAGUAUUGGAAGAGGAUUCGAUUCGAACAAGAUUCUCCGUCUUAUUAGACGGAGAUUGGGGUUCAAAAUUCCGGUUGUUGUCACGAUGAAUAAUGGGGUUAUUGGAAGGGAUGCUCUUACUAAUGAAUUUAAAGAGGUAAAAUGGGGUGCUCUUUUUAGUGGCAUUGGUGACGAAGAAUAUGCAACAAAUAUAAAUGAAGGGAUAGUUUUGACAGUUGGCUACUUGCCAGGAUUAAAAGUUGAAGCUCUACCGUUACUGCGACUGCCAAAGACACCUCAAGAACCAUGCGUUGAUCAUUUUGUAAUGGCUAUCAAGGAAUACUCGGCCUCUGUCUCUGGUCGCCAAUUCCCUGUUGGGGUUAUAUUAUUUGGAGACGCAAGCAGUGACAUGAAACUGGUUGUGGAGAAGUUGGAUUAUGCCAUGCCUAGAGACACAUUCAUUGUGGGUGAUGAGAGAGGCUGUUCUUUAUUCGGAUAUGGAAAUGAUUCUAGAAAUGUCUGUGGUAGUAGAGGGUACAUAGAAGCUGUUGCUCUUGUAUUUGCUCAGGACCGAAACAGGUCUUCUGGAAAUAUUAGAUUUCAUGUUGCAUUCUCAAAUGGUGUUUCACCUGUGGGUGGCAGAUACAAGGCAGCUUCAGUUAGAACAAACAGCACCGAUUGUUCAACAUGGCUAACUGCCAAAAGGGAAGGGCAUCAAGAACUUCUUGAUGGUCAGACUAUUCUGCAUGAUAUUACCACUUUGCUGGAAAAUCAUAUUGAGCCUCCUGAGUUGUACGUCGGAGUAACUAAACACAGGAAAGUUUCCAUUGGAGCAGAGAGGCCAAUGCCAAAAACUUGUAUUGCAUAUCAUGGAGUUGUGGGAGGUGAUGAAGAGUAUCUAUAUGUUGAUGGAAUGGGCAUCAAAACAGGAGAUAUCUUUCAGUUCUACUAUUCAGAUCCUAAUGUUGCAUUAGCUUCAUUAACUGACGUUCGUGAUGCCCUUAACAAAGUUAAGCUGGAGAGGAAUUCUAGGAGUUUUGAAGGUGAUGGAGACAAUGCUACCAAUGUUUUCGGUGGUAUUAUUUUUGCUUGCUAUGGCCGUGGCGAAUCAUUUUUUGGACGUCCUAAUGCUGAUAGCUCCCCCUUCUUGGAGACUUUUCCAGGAGUGCCAUUGGGUGGAGUAUUUUGUGGUGGUGAAAUGGUGCGUCCUUCUACCAAUUUGAUUGGUCUAUGUUCAGAUGCAAAGCCCAUCAGUUGCUUUUUGCAUGUUUAUAGCACUGUCUAUUUAGUGAUGUCAUAUGAUCCUCCCUCUGUGGAAUAUUAGAUUAGAUGCUACUCAUAAUUUUCUCAUCAAGAUGUACAUUUGCUAGUUUGAGGGGAUGCUGUUUUUCCAUUUGCCAUGAACAUGUACUUGACUAUCUUGCUGUCACCUCAGAUGACAAUAUUGUAUCACAUGGGUAUGUACUUAUGUCAUCUUAAUAAGUAUUUAUUUGUAUGUUAAUCAUCACAGUUUCAUUAUUAUGGAACUGAUUUCACAUCUUUGGUAACUAAAGUUCUUCUACAAAUGAAAAGCUUGAGGGGAUUUAAUUUA